UGUGAAACUCAAACCGAUUUUCUAUUCCUUUUAUUUUAUAAUUUAAUAUCAAUAACAAUAACAAUAACAAAACUUUAUCAUUCUAUUUUUCCUUUCUGGUUUACUGUUUCGUCAAAAAGGUUAAUAAUCAAUAAUCAAAUCACAAUCGUACGUACGUGAAUGUUUUUAAUGUUCGUUUUUUAAUUCCAACAACAUUUUUUUUCUCUUGUUUUCUUCGGUUUUUGUUUAUACUUUGACUCUUUGUUUGUGGACUCUGCCAAAAAGCCUCUUCCUGAUUUUUAUUUAAUAACUUUGUUAUUUUCAAUUUGUAUUAUUUUUUUAAUUUUAAAUUUUAUAAAUUAGGUUUUUGGUUUCGUGAAUGAUACUUAGCGAUUUCGUAUCUUAGGGUUCCUCAAUAUCCUUUCUCUGAAGCCUUUUUCAUCACUCCGUCGAUUUUUGCAGUGGAUUUUCCUUCUGAUUUCUUUGCCAACCGGUUGAUUUACUUCGGUUGUUGAUUUUUCUUCAAUCGUUGUUUUUUUGUUGUUAUCCCCAAUUCCUGGCUUUUGUUGAAGGAAAAAGGGUUAAACUUUGGUUAUUGGUUUUGUUCUGGAUGGAUUUGUAAUAUUGGGGAGUUGUUUUGGUGUUAUAUGCGUUUUGAUGAUAACAGUAGGGUUCAUUCAGUUUUGAGGUUUUGGGAAGUGUUGUUACUGUGUUUUUGGAGGAGUUUGGCUCUGUUAUGCAUGUAUGAUGUUGCAUUUUCAGGGUGUGUCAAGGCAUUGUAGUCUCCUUGCUGUUCUUGGUAGUAAAUCACAUGACAGUAAACAAAAGCAGAAGCAGGAUACUGUUUCCGAGGAUCGAUUUUCGUCGUACCCCUUUCCGGAGCUUUCUUCGUCCGGGCGGCUUGAGGUUAAAGUAUUGAGAAAACCUAGUUUCGAUGAACUCACUCGAGUUUUUGAGCAACUGCAACCGGAUUUUGUUUACCUGCAAGGUCAGCAGGUGGAUGAUAAGGGAGAAAUUGGGUCUCUUGUGUGGGAAGAUUUUGACCUUUCUUCCCCGGAAGCCUUGUGUGGAUUAUUUUCUUCAAAGUUACCUAAUACCGUUUAUUUGGAAUCUCCGAAGGGCGAAAAGUUGGCAGAGGCGCUACACUCCAAGGGAGUUCCCUACACUAUAUACUGGAAAAAUGAAUUUUCAAACUAUGCAGCUUCACAUUUUCAUCAAGCUUUUUUCUCAGUGGUGCAGAGUACAUCCAGCCAUACCUGGGAUGCUUUCCAACUUGCUCAGGCAUCUUUUAGACUUUACUGCGAACAAAACAAUGUCGUGCCCUGCAACAGUCGGAAGGGAGGUGGUAAGCUUGGGCCACAAAUUCUUGGGGAACCUCCUAUCAUUGAAGUUAGUCCAUGUGAAGUAGACACGAAGGAAGAAGAAGAAGAAGAAGAUGAAGAUUCACCAGGGUCUAGUUCUUCUAUAAAGAUAUAUGAUGAUGAUGUGAAUACAAGAUUUCUUGUUUGUGGAUUUCCCUGCACAUUGGAUGCGUGUUUAUUGGGGUCAUUAGAAGAUGGACUCAAUGCUCUCCUAUGUACCGAAAUACGUGGAUGUAAACUUCAAAGUCGGACAAGUGCACCACCACCACCUCUCCAAGCAGGAACAUUCUCACGUGGUGUGUUGACCAUGCGUUGCGAAAUAUCCACAUGCAGUUCUGCUCAUAUAUCACUUCUAGUGUCCGGGAGUGCAGAUGCUUGUUUCAAUGAUCAGCUUUUGGAGAACCAUAUUAAGAAAGAACUCACUGAGAAUAGUCAACUUGUCCAGGCAAUUCCUGGUCAUGAACAAAAGAAAUUACCUUCAUAUGAACCUCGAAGAUCAGCCUCAGUUGCUUGUGGAUCUAGUGUGUUUGAAGUUUCUAUGCGAGUUCCUACAUGGGCUUCGCAGGUUCUGAGACAACUUGCAUCAAAUAUGUCAAAUCGCUGCCUAGUUAUGUUGGGAGUUGCUAGUAUUCAAGGAUUGCCCGUUGCAUCCUUUACUAAAGAUGAUUCAGAACGUCUUCUUUUCUUUUGUACUCGGCAUGAGAAAGACAACUAUUCCAAAGACAUUGUUUUCUCAGGUCAUCCUAGUUGGUUGGUGCCUCCCGCACCUAGUCGAAAAAGAUCUGAAACAUGCUCUAGUUUAAAAACUAUUAACGCUAGCGGCAUGGAAGUUGAAGAUAUUUGUAGCGUUAGACAAAAAUUAAGUUUUGCUGCAAUGAAGCCAAUCCCUCAGUCUCAUCGUCAAAAGGUUCUCCCUUUUUCUGGAUUUUCUGAGGGAGACAGAUAUGAUGGCGACCAUGGAAAAUCAAAUCAGCUUCUUGUUCCAAUAAAGCAUAAUGGUUUAGGUCCUCAUUCAGCCACAAACAGGAAAUCCGUGUCAAACUCGUUUCAAGCUCACCAGAUAAUUUCUUUGAAUCCAAUACCAAUGAAAAAACAUGGUUGCGACAGAGCUCCAAUACGAGCUUGCUCAGAGGAGGAAUUCCUGAAAGAUGUAAUGCAAUUUCUAGUCCUUAGAGGGCAUACUCGCCUCAUUCCACAAGGCGGGUUUGCUGAAUUUCCUGAUGCCGUUCUGAAUGCUAAACGCCUUGACCUUUUCAACCUGUAUAGAGAGGUUGUUUCAAGAGGAGGCUUUCACGUUGGUAAUGGUAUCAAUUGGAAAGGACAAGUUUUCUCAAAGAUGAGCAAUCACACUCUGACACACAGAAUGACAGGUGUUGGCAAUACACUCAAGAGACAUUACGAAACAUAUCUUUUAGAAUACGAAUUAGCUCAUGAUGAUGUAGAUGGAGAAUGCUGCUUAUUGUGUCACAGUAGUGCAGCAGGUGACUGGGUGAAUUGUGGUAUGUGUGGUGAAUGGGCUCAUUUUGGCUGUGAUAGGCGGCAGGGACUAGGAGCAUUCAAGGACUACGCCAAAACUGACGGGCUCGAGUACGUUUGUCCACACUGCAGCAUAUCGAAUUUCAGCAAAAAAACGCAGAAAACUACAAAUGGUUAUUAACGGGUUACAAAAUGCUGUUCCAUUCCCAGAGCCAAUGUACAUGGCUAGUGUUAACAAAUUUUCUUCUGUUUGUGUUUGAUCCUCAAUUGGGAAAUGUAGGUUUGUAGGGGUGCCAUUGUUUCAGUCUUGUUAAUUAUGAUUUGGAAUUUUGACUCAUUAUAUAUGGCCACAAAAAAGGGCCAUCAUAAUUUUCUAGCAUUACUGAUAUAUAUAUUCUUUAGAGAAAGAAAUAGAGGAAACUAUUUGUAUAUUGAAUGAUUUUCCUCAAACUCAAUUAGUUUACUUAAGAUGCAGAGAUUGCAAUA